GAAAAUACGCUUACCAUUUACUGAAAGACCUUUACGCAUUAAUAAAAUGCUAGACAUGGCCAUAUCAAUAGCUUUAAAUAAACUUACUUGUUGCACAUUUAUGGUCACACACGGCGAAACAUCGAUUAUUAUUAUUCUAUUCAGGAGAGUCGUUUAGAUACAGAUUUGUAAAUUAUGCUUUAAUUCUUGUUCUAUUUACGAAUCUGCCUAAAUGUUUCGUUUGUUUUUGUUUAUUCUUUUGCAUUUUACCUAGCAUAAUAGAUAGAAACUAUAGGUUUUAUUAAAAAAAGAAAGGAAACAUUGUAAAUCAUAUAGUAGUAUAAAAAUUUAAAAAAAAUUGAUUAUUAGUAUUUAGGUUACAAAUUUAUAUUUUCGUUUAGUGCGAGGGCACCAGUUGUACUAAGAAAAUCUCGCUAAAAGUGUGUGUUAUCGAUGUCUAUUGAUAAGUGUAUCAAACUGGAGAUGGAAAAUAGUGGUGAAAGUGGUGAUGAUGGAGGACCUUUAGGCCCGACUGCGUUUCUUGGAGGAGGUGGUGUUUCUGCAUCGUAUAUCAGUGUACAGUCUGACGAUAUGGAAGAUGAUCCUGAAAAUACAGAUGAUUCAAAUCAUGGGGCAAGUGAUCCUUUGCAAGGAGCUGGAAGUGGCAAUGUUGGAGGGCCUCUUCGUGAACAAGAUCGAUUCCUUCCAAUAGCAAAUGUAGCAAAAAUUAUGAAAAGAGCAAUACCAGAAGCGGGAAAAAUAGCAAAAGAUGCACGCGAAUGUGUUCAAGAAUGUGUAUCCGAAUUUAUAUCUUUUAUCACAUCAGAAGCAAGUGAUCGAUGUCAUAUGGAAAAACGAAAAACUAUUAAUGGUGAAGAUAUUCUAUUUGCUAUGACAACUCUUGGUUUUGACAAUUAUGUAGAACCACUAAAAGUAUAUCUACAAAAAUAUAGAGAAGCAACAAAAGGAGACAAUCCAGGUAAUGUUCCAACAACAGGCAAUGGAAAAACUGAACCACAAGGAACAAUAUAUGAAGAUCAAUUAUUUGCUAUUGCUGCAACUGCAUCUAGUGCUACCACUUCUGAUACACCUGUUAUAUAUAGUUAUACGUCCACUGAUCAAAUGCAAUUUCAACUUUCUUGAUCACUGUAUAUUAAAAUGAUAUUAAUAUAAAUUAUUUAACUUAAAAUGCAAUUUACAAUGCAACUAUGUCAACUAUACAUAUAUCUUAUUCAUGUAAGAUUGCAUUUUGUAAGACUGUAAAAUCAGUUUAAUGAUAAACUGAUAAUUAUAAGAAUAGAACAACAUAAAUGUUCUUAAAUAUUUUGAAAAGAAAGUGACUUAACUUUAAGCAAUCCUUGUAAAAAAAAUAAAAAUAUGGGAGGAAAUAAAGCAGGAAGCAAUCCAAAAGCUCAUUGAUAA